AUGAACUCGGAGCUAGAACGCUCCGGCACUUUAAAGAACCGCCUUUCGGUUUUACGACAUCGUCAGAGCACGUCUACCCUUUAUACCAUUGAUUUAGAUAGUGGAACAGAAUUUGAAGAUGAUUUUUACAGACUUGAUCGUGAGCUACAAGAACUCAAGCAGAGAAUAUCUAUUCAGUCCAAGCGAAACUUCGUUCUUGAAAAAGAUGUUCGCUUUUUGGACUCUAGAAUUGCCUUAUUGAUUCAGAACCGUAUGGCUCAAGAAGAACAAAAUGAAUUUGCAAAACGCUUGAGCGGUUCAUACAACGAAGUGAGGGGUGACUUUCCCGACGAUCAGAAAAUUCAACUAUACGGAGCCCUCUUCUUUCUUCUUCAGUCAGAGCCUUCGUAUGUUGCUAGUUUGGUUCGUCGUGUCAAGCUAUCAAACAUGGAUGCUCUUUUGCAAAUAGUCAUGUUUAAUAUCUACGGAAAUCAAUAUGAAAGCAGAGAGGAACAUCUUCUCCUUUCCUUGUUUCAAAUGGUUCUUACUAGUGAAUUUGAAGCUACUUCAGAUGUCACGUCCUUACUCCGUGCAAAUACUCCUGUCUCUCGAAUGAUGACAACGUACACACGUCGAGGCCCUGGUCAGGCGUAUCUUCGAAGUAUAUUAUAUCAAAUAAUUAAUGAGGUUGCCGCUGAUGAUUCAAAAUCGUUACAGAUCAAUCCUCUUCAAGUUUAUCAACAACUUGUCGAUAACGCAACCUUACCUAUCGAUGAUGUUACUGGAUUAACCACUGAAGAGAUCGCCAGUAUACCCAUAAUUAAAGAAACUAUUGCUGAACGUUCUACUGAGUUGAAACAGAUAACUCAAAGAUUCCUCGAAUCUAUUUUAAGAAGCUUAGAUGCUGUUCCCUAUGGUAUCCGUUGGAUCUGUAAAUUGAUUCGGUCUUUAAUCAAUCGCUUUUUCCCCAAGGUACCAGAUAGUACUAUUUGCUCCUUAAUUGGCGGGUUCUUUUUUCUGCGUUUUAUCAAUCCGGCUAUCAUUUCGCCCCAGACAUCCAUGCUACUGGAAACUAAUCCGUCAGACAAUGUUCGAAAAACUCUGGCUGCUAUUGCAAAAAUAAUUCAAAGUGUAGCAAAUGGUACAAGUUCUUCCAAAAGCCAGUCUCCAAUGUUUGAGCCCUUUUUAAGAUCAUACGAGACUAAGGUGCUUGAUUUUCUUCAUAAAUUAGGUGAUGUUGAUGACUUCUACGAUGCCCUUGAGUUGGAUCAGUACGUCGCCUUGUCCAAAAAGAACCUGAAUCUUGAAAUUACGGUUAACGAGAUUUAUUUGACUCAUAAAAUCAUAUUGGAGAAUUUGCCAUACAUACCUGAUCCGAAUUCGCACAUUCAUACCUUGAUGGAUGAACUUGGUGAAGCUCGUGAACCAGUCCCUCAGUUUGAUAAUUGGUUGGUAUCCAUCCAGUUAUAUAAUAGAUGGGAAUCUUCAAUCCCGGAUUUAUCGAGGAAGUUGAAAGUCACGCGUGAAGAUAUCUUGUUUGAUGAUGCUAAAACAUUAUUUUUACAAUUACUUCGGCUUUUCCCUAACGGUCACCAUGUAACAAAGUUACCCUUGCAGCUUCGAAAAAUAGCUGAUGCGGUAUCUAAUUUCAAAAAUAGUUCUUUAAUUAGAAAAGGUUUAAAAGCUAUUCAACUUUUGGAACGUUUAUCUGAUUUAAAUCUUGUUUACAAGGAAAAUAAUUAUGAGCCUUUAGCUUCCGAGGUUGAAAAGGAGUAUCUCAGUUUCGAUAAGAUUAUUCGAAGAAUUCAAGUCGAAAGAGAUGCUUUAAAAGACGUUCAUAAAGCUAUAUGUGAUCACAACGAAUAUUUACGAACGCAAUUGGAGAUCUAUGCUAGUUAUUUGGCCAAUGCCAGAAAUCAAAUAUCUGGAACAAAUGGUGAAUCCAAAAGGCUAGCUCGCGGUGUCGGCGUUAUUGGAAUCAAGCCGAAGCACAACAAGACCGGUGAGGUUGUUCGAUUUUCAGCGCUCCAAAUGAAAAAGGAAUCCAUACUAUUGGAUUUCUCAUUUACAAACGCAGAUCCAGCCAAUGUCUAUUUUACGUUUGCUAGGCUACAGGAUGGGAACUUCCAAAUUUCCAUAUACGAAGGCAAUCAUCCACGACCCAUAAAAGAAUUACAAGUCGCUCUAGAACAGGUGAGUCAAAAGAGAUAUACUCAUGAUUCUGUUUUAGAUACAAAAGAUGUCAAAUUUGAAGCAAAUAAGCUUUACCAUCUUUUUGAACAAGUGUUUUUGAGAAGAUAA